GAAGUCAGCUGUCGUCGGAUCCAUACUAAGUCAGUGGCGUUUGUGUGUGUUUCUAUGAACACAAUUCAGUGAAAAGAAUAGUAGUGAAAUUAUUCGUGGCAAAAAGGCUAUCCCAAAGGGGGCCGGUACAGUGCAAAUGAUGGCUAGCCCUAGUCAUUUGGGAGGAAUUCUAUUAUAUCUCCUUCUAGUGGCUACAACAAAUGCCGAUAACUGCAACAAGGGAUGUCCCCGAUCUGACAAUGGCCUUCUGAAAUUUACGCCUGGAAACUUUUACGAGUACGCUUUUGAAAGUAUCUUAACGAUUGGAUUAAAUUCGGGCGUUGUUAGUGAAGCUGAUGACUCCAGCCUCAAAGUAACUGGCUCUGCUAAGAUCUACGCGAAUGGCAACUGUGGCUAUACAUUGCAAGUCGGUUCAGUUAAGGUCAUUAAUACAAAAGAGUCGGUAGAAAGAAAGAUACUGAACAAUAUCCAAAAACCUGUGCACUUCACUUUGGUCAAUGGGCAAUUGCAAUCACAGAUUUGCACCGACGCCAGCGAUUCGGCAUACUCACUAAACGUUAAGCGCGCCAUUAUUUCACUAUUGCAAUCAGACACAGGAUCCGACGUUGCAAGUGAAGUUGAUGUAUACGGUUUGUGCCCGACACACACCUCAUCAUCAAAGUCGGGCAACGCAGAAACUGUCAUAAAGGUGCGCAACCUGAACAACUGCGCUCAUCGUGAACAAAUUAGUAGCGGUCUGCUGUCUGGUAUCGUUAAUGAAAAGGCUGGUGUUACAUCCAGCUCACUCUUCCAGUCCGACUACAGCAAGGAAUCGAAAAUUGAACGAGGCGUUGUUGCAAAUGUGCAUCUUGUGGAAUCGUAUAAGUUCGCUGGUAUGGCAAAGGGUAACUCUGAUGUAACUGCCAAGGUGGUAACCACACUGAAACUUAAAAAUCCUGGUGGCACUUCAGGUAGUUCGCCGACAAGUGGAUCCCAUGCAAGUAGCAUAAUUUUUCAGAAGUCUGAAACUUACCCGUCGAAGAAUAUUGCAGCCCUUAAAGUAGCACUCUCAGAUCUUGUAGACUUAACAAGCGAUUAUAUUAAAAAGGAUAGCGCAAAGAAAUUUGUUGAGCUUAUACGCCUAUUACGCCACUCAGAUACUGAAACUUUGCUUGAACUUUCGACAUUCCCACAUCCAAAUAAGGUGCUGGCUCGCAAGGUUUACCUAGACGCACUAUUUCGCACGAAUACCGCUGAAGCGGCUAAAGCAAUUCUAAAGCAACUUAACAAAUUUGAUGAGAAGGAAAAAAUUUUUGCAAUAUUGUCGCUCAAUUUGAUUAAGACAGUUGACAAAGAAACGCUAAAUCUAGCGGCUGCUCAACUUUCUCCGAAUGUGCCAAAAGAGACUUAUCUGGCUGUUGGUAACCUUGUGAGCAAGUAUUGUGCCAAAAAUGGUUGUCAAGUCAGUGAUAUUGAUCCCAUUUCCAAAAAGUUUGUUGAUGGCCUUAAGCACUGUAAGCCUAACACUAAGAAGGACGAGGAGCGUAUUGUGUACAUCUUAAAGGGCAUUGGCAAUGCAGAAAAUUUGGCCAAUAAUGUAGCCAGUGCAUUGAACGAAUGCGCUUCUCCCGGUCGAUCUAAUCGCAUACGUGUAGCAGCCCUGCAAGCUUUCUCCGCGAUUAGCUGUAAUGAAGCAUUAAGAACUAAAUCCCUGGACCUAUUAAAAGAUCACAACGAAGAUUCUGAGCUUCGUAUUGAGGCAUACAUGGCAGCCAUUAACUGUCCCACAGCAGAAUUAGCUAAUCAAAUUUCGGAAAUUGUCAACUCAGAGAAGGUGUACCAAGUAGGUGGAUUUAUUGAGUCUAACCUGCGGGGGAUACGAGAUUCAACGGACGCGACUCGUCAUCAACAAAGGUACUAUUUGGGCAAUAUUCGAGUAACAAAGCAUUUUCCGAAAGACUACAGGCGUUAUAGCUUCAACAACGAAUUUUCUUAUAAGCUAGAUUCUAUGGGUAUCAGUGCUAGCUCAGAUUAUAAGUUGAUAUAUUCGCAGCAUGGAUUCUUACCACGUUCGGCACGUCUUAAUGUAACUAGUGAAAUUUUUGGUACAAAUUUCAAUGUGUUCGAGGCAAGCAUACGCCAAGAAAAUUUAGAAAAUCUUCUUGAAUAUUAUGUUGGACCCAAGGGAUUGCUUAAUAAGGAUUUCGAUGAGAUUGUGAAGCUCAUUGAGGUUGGCAACAGUGCUGGUCGAGCUAGACGCUCUAUUGCCGAUGAUGUCGCCAAAACUGCCAAGAAAUACAAAACCUAUGGUAGCAAAAAUGUGCAGGACGUCAACUUGGAUCUAUCUCUGAAACUGUUUGGCUCCGAGAUGGCCUUUUUGAGUCUGGGGGACAAUAUUCCGAGCACUUUGGACGACAUUAUCAAGCACUUCUCCGAAGCAUUUGACAAGGCAAAAAAAGAAUUGUCCUCAUUCGAAAAGCAAUUCGCCUGCCAUCAUCUUUUCCUCGAUUCUGAGUUUACGUAUCCCACUGGCAUUGGGGUUCCACUAGAAUUUGCAGCCCAGGGCUUUGCUGCUAACAAAAUUGACUUCGCUGUUAACAUCGAUGUCAAUGCCAUACUGGAACAGAAUUGGCAAAGAGCCAAAUACCGUUUGAAAUUCGUGCCAAGCGUCGAUGUAAAUGUCAAUAUUCAACUUGGCUUCAACGCCCAGGUUCUAUCUACUGGACUUCGAGUUGUAUCAAGCGCACAUUCAGCAACUGGAAGUGAUGUGUCCAUUUCGCUGAUUAAGGAUGGAGAUGGCUUUAACGUCAACGUUGAUCUACCGCGUGAAAAGAUUGAGCUCAUUGAUGUUCAAGUUAACACCGAAUUUUUCGUUGCGGAACAGGACAAGCCACAAAAAUCAGUUCCUCUUAAGAGCUCAAAAAAACAAAAAAGUACAACACCAAGCGAGUUGUGUUUUAAUCAACUAGAAAUUGUUGGCUUAAAUGUAUGCGUUGUAAGCUCAACUAGUCUCAGUGAUAUUAAUGCAAGCAACACCAAUAAGGGACAUGCCUUAAUUGACGACGUUCAUCUUUCACGGCCAUUUACAUUCGCCAUCUUCGUGACAACAGAACGAAAAUUUAGCUUCAAGGGAACACACUCAAACCUUGAAUCUGGCAGCCAACAGUGGAAAUUAGAGUAUAGUACGCCGGGCUCCAAGGUUUCUCAUGACACCAGCGUAGCUUUUGAACUCGGUACCAAGCCACGCACGUAUGGCCGCCUUUCUCUUGAUAAUCCUCAAUUUCAUCUCGGCCUAGAAGCUGGUAUAACCAAUGACAAUCAUGAACUUGUCAUUUACGGUCAAUAUGAACAGGAUAAAAAUGUCAAAAAAAGCAAAAUUGGGUUUGCUAAGAAUGGUAAUGAAUAUAAGCCGGUUAUCGAAAUCCAAGAUAAAAACGGUGUAAAAAAUAAUAUUAACGGUUACCAUGUUGACGGUAAGAUCAUUGUUCAGAAAACCGGCGACAAGCUAGCUCGUUACAACUUUCAAAAUUUCCAAUUAUUAAGUCCUAAUAACGAACGUGUUGUACUCAAUGGUUGGGCCGAAGUCGGACCAACUUUACUCAACGCUGAGCUUCGCAUUGCACCCAAUCAACAAUCAUAUCUCGUUAAAAGCAACUUCAAACUUGACAAUGGUCAGUAUGCUCUCGGUCUAUUUGUAAAUGACGAGCAAUCACCAGAGAAUGUUUAUGGUAGCUCGGCACAAUUAUCAAUUGGCGACAAAGCUUAUGAACUGAAAUUGACUGGCAAGGCUGUUUCCUGGGCCAUCAAUAGUGAAACACAGUUUGAGUACAUUAAUUCGGAUAAUUCGAAUGCGCUGCGCACAGGAAAAUUUUCACAGAAUAUUAAAAUUGAACAUAAAAAUAAGCUCGUUGGCUCUGUGAAUGUAAUUUCCACAAUUGAUGUCAACAAAUUCCAAUUUGAUGCGGAAGCAGUGCGAGACCAGAAGUUAGCAUCUCUUAAUGUUAAGUAUCAAUCCCACCAGCGAUCAAUUCACGACUACGAAUUGUCGGCUAAAGCUAAACUUAACAAGCAUUCUAUUGAUGUUUUCUCCAAGUGCGAUUUUACCAGAAAUAUUUUUGUUGUAGACAAUUCCAUUGCAACAAGCUGGGGCACUUCAAUUACAGCCAAGGGAGAGUUGGGACAACGGUACUCUGCACAGGAUGUGCACAUAGAUCUGCAAGGCACUGCUCAGUUUGGCGGCAAGAAGCAACCCAUUCAGUGGAUUCUUAAGGUUUUGGGCACACCAGAGAAAACCAACAGCGAAUUCCGAAUCAGCAGAGAUAAUGCUGAGCUGGCCAAACUGACCAGCGAAUCACAACAUCCGCAAGAUAAAAUUGCAGCCGCUAAGGUAAAUCUGAUCGUCAAAAAUUUGCUAACUGCAAAAGGCGAUUUUAAAAUAGCUAAAAAUGGCAAGGGUGAACUUAAGGCAACUAUUGACAGUCAAAAAACUGAACAAAAGCAUAAGUUUGAAAUUGAAUCUAAGUUUCAUGUGCAGGCGCCAAAAUAUGAUUUUGAUACUAGUAUUAUACUUGAUGGCGAUAAGCAGCUACAUUUAAAAACAGAAAGCAAUCUUGACAAAGUCAAAUUUUCUACCAAAAACAUUGUCGAGUCUAACGACAAAAAGUUUUCUUUUGAUGCUAGCGGUAGCGUGAAAGGGGAGUGGCGUACAAACGGCGAUAUUCAGGGAACUUUCUCAUUGACAACUCCAGACGGUCGCAUAGUCGAUGGUAGCAUCAAUCGCCGUGUUGCGACCAACGUCAAGACAUUCUUAACUCAAGGCACAGCAGAUGUCCAAAUUAAUGACCAAGAGCCAGGUUCCGGUAAAAAACGAUCCCUUGCGGUCAAGGGUAGGCUGGACCGUAUGAAUAUCAAAACGAAAGAGUUUUUAGCAAACACUCAAUGGGUUUACACAGCCUUUAAUGGACAAAAAUCCGAAUUAAACUAUCAUGUUAAACAUCAGCCGAAGGGCCAGAAUAAAGCCCUCGAUUUCAGCGUUUCCGCGCAUGGUGACUUCAUUGAAAAGCCUCUCGAGGUUUCUGUUGUGGUUGAUGAGUACAGUGCCCAACAUGCGAUUGCACACUUUUCUGGCAAAUAUGGUGACAUUUCGGUUGACCUGAAUGGUAAAUACAAUAUGGGACAUAGCACCGUGCCUGCAACGUAUGAGUUUCAAGGUCACCUGCAAGUGCCCGACUCCAAAUUUAAAAAGUGGGAGAUGAACAGCCAUGGCAAAUUGUUAAAACCAGCGGACAGCAAUGGCGCCCACAAUCUAGAAUUUGUCUUUGAUACAAAAUCUGGUGAUGGGCAAUUCACACGAAUCAACACUAUUUGGAAAGGCAACUCGCAGCAGGGCAGUUAUACCUUUGAUGCCCAAAAUAAUAAUCUGGACAAUGCUCUAAAAUUCGAUGGUAGCUAUCAGCGAGAACAAUCGGGCAGUUUUAAGGAUGGGGAUGCCAGUGGUAAGCAAAAGUAUGCUAUUUAUGCUCAAUACGGCGAUAAAUAUAUUAAGACCAAUGCGGAUAUAAGCUAUGGUGAGACCAACACAGACACAAUACACUAUACAUUGGACUCUAGCUACGAGGCAGCCAAGGACAUCACUGUCGAUAUACGCAGUCACAAGAUUGACGAAGGAAGUCACAUACUUACCGCUAAGGUUAAACAAGCAGAUAAGGCCUAUGGUUUGGACACUAAGCUAUUUGGUUCAACACACAAAAAAGGAUUCGAUAUGCGUGCUACUCUUCCAUCAAAUCAACCCAUUGUUGUAGUGGCUGUUUUUGAAGUCUUAGGCGAUCGUAAGGCCAAACUGACACUGGAUAUAGACAAUCUGAUUGAUUUAGAUUUUAAAUUAAACACGGAGGCAUCAUAUACUAACAUUGAUGAUUUCUACGUCAUUGGAAACUGGAACUCAAAGAAAUUGCACCUAGAUAGUUACGCCUUGGAUGUAAAAGCUCAUGGAAAGAACAUCAAGGUACAUCUCAAGAGUGGACAGACGGUGGUGUUCUUAGGCACUGCUACAUACACCUUGAAAAAAGAACAAAACAAGGCGAUCAUCGAGGGCCAAGGUCAGGUGCAGUAUCUUGGUAAGCCGCACACUGGUAGUUUCAAGCUCAUCCGUCAACACUUCGACCUUAGCACAGAAAAGGAAGUUGGCUUUGCCUACACCUUCAAUGGGAGCUUUGGACCCAAGAAUGGUGUUUCCAUGCUCAAGAUAACCAACAAGGAAUUCAACACUAAACUUUCAAUAUGCGAAGAAAAGAAACAAUGUUCUAAUAUACAGGUACAGUCCUCCAUUAAUAUAGACGAACAGCAAUUGGACUCUGUGCAGCAUGAUGUUCUUAUACUAGUUGAUCUUAGAGAACUUGGGUAUCCCUAUGAGUUGCAACUAAAAUCUAAGAACAAUCGACAAGGUUUCAAGAACCAAUACAAUCUGGAUGGCCAUAUUCUUUCCGGCAAUAACCUCAAAUAUCAGCUGACUGCCAAUGUAAUGCCAACUGCCACAACCAUUAAAUUAACAUUGCCAAAACGUCAAAUACUAUUUGAGACUACCCAGAGAUUACCUACCGAUGGUAAACUCUUUGGUCACUAUGAACAGUCAGCUGCCUUCUAUAUCGAUAAGCUGCAGCGCCCGAAUGAUGUGGCACGCGUUUUGGCAGUUCUAGACAUUUCAGGUGUGGAACAAGUUGCCCUUAACGCCCAGGCCCAUUUCAAGGUUGAGCAUCCAACGAUACGACCGCUGAGCAUUAGCGCAAAGGUUGAGGCGCACAGAGAGCAGCAAAUUCUCAAUACCGAAAUAGUAUUUGACAUAUUCCGAUCACCGGAGCAGAAGGUGAUUGCAGCUAGUCAAAUACGUAACAUUAAAACACAAUCCGGUUUCAAUAUCACAUCCAAUCAACAAAUUCGAUCCUCAGGAUUACAAUUUCAAUAUGAACUGAACACGCACUCAGCGUUGAUCCCAGACACAAGAGAUUUUAGUGCUGGUACAGAGCUGCAAAGCAGCACAAGUGAUCUUAAUUUUGAAGCUCAUUUCUAUGGUAACAAAGAUCGAUUAGAAAUUUCAGUUAACGCCUUGAACGAGAAAAUACUUUAUGUAGCCGGCGACUUUGACUGGCAAAAGCGAGCUGCAAAGAUCAACUCGAAACUACAAGUGUUUGGCCAAAAACAUGUGGAACUUAAUGGCGAGGUGCACCCAAACUGGGCCAAGGUUACACUAAGGCGACAAAAUCUUAUUGAUGCUAAUGCUGAAGUGAAACUAGGCAAAGAAUUCCAGUUUGACGUUGUAGGCACGGGUAAACCAAUAUUUAAUGGACGUAUAGCUCUAGAUCCAGCUAACUUUUUACAAACUACCUACAAAACCAAUGACGAUGAUGUUACAGCAUUCUUGACCUCAGUUGAAACGGAAAUAAAAAAAGAAACUGAUGCAAUUACCGAAAAUGUGAAAAAACGUUUUGAAAAUAUUCGUCAACGAUUUGAUGAAAAGCUCAAAUUGGUAUCUGAAAGCAGCCCAGAUUUGUCAAAACUUAGAAACAAUUACGGUGAUCAUAUGAAUACAAUAAUUAAAGAGCUUGAAAGCGAUCCUUCGUUAGCACCCAUUAUCGAUGCCAUACGAACUCUCUAUGAGAAGAUCAACAAAGUGAUAAUCGAAAUAACAAAGACCACAUCAGAAACUUAUGAGAAAUUGCACAAGUCAUGUGUCGAACUUUAUGAAAAGUUAAAUGAUCUGUGGAAAGACUCAUUACUCAAAGCAUGGGAGCAGUUCGUUGUAGCAAUGACUAAGCUGGUUGGACAACUUCGCAUUGAGAUUGUCAAUGCUUUGACAAAGACAUUCAAAGAUGUGAUUGCUUGUUUCGAAAAAUAUGGACCUGCAUUAAAGAACUAUGUGAAGGCUAUAAACGAAUCACUUAAGCCAUUUCAAGAAGUAGCACAAGACCUAAUUAAUGUAAUAGUACAUGCGGUUGAAGAACUGAGUAGCGAGAUUAAAGAAUAUAUUGCUAAGUUGCCAACAUUUGAAAGUAUUCGCAAUGAGCUCAGAACAAAACUAGAACAAUUUAAAGUUAUUGAAAAAACUCUAGAGUUCAUGAACAAUAUAUUUGAGCAAUUAAACCUCUUACCGCAGACCCCGGAAUCUGCCGAGUUCCUACAAAAAUUGAAUGAAUAUCUCCAAGCCAAACUUAAAAAACAGCCGCUCGAUGAUGAAAAGUGGCUGGAUGAGCUGUCAAAAUUAUUAGUCAAGGCCGCGCGUUCCCUAUGGGAAUCAAUCAGAAGUAAUACGCCAGUGAAUAGUCUUCCGGCUACCGACUUGCGUACUACGUUUGGUUUCUGGCCUCAUUCAGUUGAUGCGUUUGCAAAGUUGCCAGCUCUGCUUUCGUUCCGAUCAAGCAUCAUCAAUUUCGUGUUAAAUGAGAACUGGGAGCAUAUUUUCAGCAAAGAUUUGUUCUCUUCUUGGCUGUUCUUCCAAGACUUUGAGUUGCAUGGUCACAUUAUUGAUGGCCAACACAUAUUCACAUUUGACGGGCAGAACUUUGCCUAUCCAGGUAACUGCAAAUAUAUACUUGCUCAGGAUGGUGUAGAUAACAACUUUACUGUGAGUGCCCAGCUUAAUAACGGCAAGCUAAAAGGAAUUACACUUGUUGAUCAAGAUGGAAAUUACAUGGAAGUCAGCGAUACUGUUGCUCUUAAGGUAAACGGAAAACCCGUAGAGUAUCCGCAACAUUUGCCAGGCAUUCAUGCAUGGCGUCGCUUCUACACAGUGCAUUUACAUUCAGAAUAUGGAGUGAACAUAGUUUGUACCACAGACCUUAAGGUCUGUCAUGUAAAUGUAAACGGAUUUUAUACAAGCAAAACUCGUGGCCUUCUAGGUAAUGGUAACGCCGAACCCUACGAUGAUUACUUGCUUAUCGAUGGAACUCUCGCUUCCAACUACGCGGGUUUGGGCAACGAAUAUGGUGUGGGCAAGUGCAGUCCCGUGGCGUUCGAUAAAACUCAAUUGGAAAGCCCUGCACGCAAUGACAUAUGUAGCGAUGUCUUUGGCAUCGAAUCACCUUUGGCUCUUAAUUAUUUGGCAUUGGACUCCAAGCCCUAUCGGCAAGCAUGCGACUUUGCCAUGUUAAGUGUCCCUGAUAAAGAUAAGGAGGCAGUGGCAUGCACCUUUGCCUUGGCGUACGGCUCAGCACUAAAGAUACAGAACAAAUGGGUCUUACUACCAUCACGUUGCCUUAAAUGUGCUGGAGCAGUUGGUCAACGUGAGCUCGGCGAAGAGUUUACGGUAAAGAUACCGACGAACAAGGCAGAUGUUGUAUUUAUUGUGGACGUCAAUGUAAACCCCAUUGUUAUGGCCAACCUUAUUGCGCCUGCAAUAACCGAGAUCCGUGAAUCACUUAAAGUUCGUGGAUUUACCGAUGUCCAAGUUGGUGUUAUUGUUUUUGAUGAAACAAAGAAAUAUCCGGCACUGUUAACGAGCGACAAUGGUAAAAUUAACUAUAAGGGAAACGUAGCCAAUUUUCAACUGAACGGUCCAAAGCACUUCUGCGAAAACUGUGUGGAACAAAUCAUCACUGAUAAACGAAUACUGGAUAUAUACAACGUACUCAAGGUUUUGAUAAAGACGAUUGUUCCCCAAUCUGAUGAAAAGGCAUUUGAUUUGGUUCUUGAUUUCCCAUUCCGUGCAGCUGCAGCUAAAAGCAUUAUUGGCGUUCGCAGUAACUCGCUGGAUUAUAAUAAUUGGCUGAAGUUCGUUCGUUCACAAAUAACAGGCACUGUUUCUAAGUUCAAUGGCGCAUUACUGCACUUAAUAGCGCCCAUAAAAGGACUCGCAUUGGAGGGUGUGCCAGCUGAAAAGCUAGUUGGUUUUAACGCUCGACUAGUCGCCACCUUAGAUGGAAAGGAUAACAAGAAACGCACGAAAUUGCAAUUCGUAAACGACAUGGGCAUUGAUUUAGUUCUCAAUAAUGGCGGUUGGGCAUUCGACACCGAGAACUUUAACAAGCUGAAACCCGCAGAUCAAAAGAAAGUGCUCAGUCAGGUCACAUCCUCCAUUGCCGACACACUUUUUAAAACCGAAACAGUCAGUGAUUGCCGCUGUCUACCAGUGCAUGGAUUACAUGGUCAGCACAAGUGCGCAAUUAAGUCGACGAGUUUUGUGCCAAAUAAAAAACCCAAAUCCAAAUGAAACCCAACUCCAUUUCUUCAUAUAAAAUUAUAUAACAUUAAUCCUUAAAUGAAGUUUUGACCAAAUGUUUAGAUUAUAGAGCUAAAAUCAGAUAAGUUAUUAAAACAUGUUUGUGUCUAAAAAUUAAAAUAUUACAGCACGGAAGCCUUAUUAAACACAAAAAAAUA